AUGGCUGAAAUAUUAAAACCCAAAAAGACUAACCCUCGUGGUAUUCCGGAAGCUCCUUUCAUCGAGAAAGUCGACGAUAUAGUUAAGGACCCAGAAAACGAUUUCCAACCAUUAAUGUCUCAGUUUCAACAAAGGCUUCAGCAAUACAAGUACAUGGAACUUUCAAAGCAGCAGCAAUUGGCGGAUUUGAAUAUCAAAAUUCCAGAUAUUGAAAAAAAUUUGGAAGUAAUUGCCCAACUAAAAGAAUCUGCUAAAGACGAUGCAAAAGAUUCUGAUAACGAUGAAGACGAAGAAGACGGAGAAAGUGGCAAAAAUAGUGAAUUAACCAUCAACUACGAAUUAAACGAUACAUUGUAUAGCAAGGCCACGGUUGAUUUGAAAAAAUUGGAUUCCGUAUGUUUAUGGCUUGGGGCCGAGGUGAUGCUCGAAUAUAAGCUUGAUGACGCUAUACUGCUUUUGAAAGAUAGACUAGAAAAGAGUAAUGGUCAAAGAGACAUAGUGGAGGAGGAUUUGGAGUUUUUGAGAGAAAACAUUACAACCAUGGAAGUCAAUACUGCUCGAUUAUACAACUGGGAUGUUGAGAGGAGGAAGAAGGAGAAAGAAGCAGCCUCAGCUCACUAA